AUGGUGCGCAAGAAAAGGAAAGGCGUGGUGAAACAAGAGGCGCAGGCCACUGCCGCUGUGGAGGGCGGCAGUGCCGCAUCGCCACGCGGCGUCGACCUGCGCCAGGUGCUGGCCAACGUGCCUACGAACGUAGCGCUGCCGGCGGCGCUUGGCGGCAGCAGUCGCGAUCUUGCGCAGUGGUACGACGCUCUGUGUCUGGCGCAUCACAGUUUGUACGCGCAACGGAAGCAACUUCAACUUUUCCGUUCCAAGUGCAAGUUGCUUGUUUCCGGUACCGAUUGCGCACUCCAAUGCGCCAUCUGGCAGCUCGUGUUCCGCCUCAGUAUCGAACGAGCGACACAGCCGCUGCGCAAGAACUUGGACCUGGUGCUGCUCGUAGUGGCGCAGGCGAGCGAAGCUUCGACGCUAUCGGCGCUGCGGGUCGUAGCGGCCACUGAGCUGCGGACGUCGUUGGACGCGUUGUGGAGCGACGCGCAUGCGGCAAAGCAGUUGCAGGUCGAGCACCGGGUCGCGAUGUUGGAUCAGAUGCUGCACGUGGUCGAGUUGCCCUUUCUCGCUCGAGCGCUGGUGGAGAAUCCGAGUACUGGAGCUCUGUAUGGGGACGUCCAGCACCUGCUGCAGUUUGUGACGUGCUGUGCAGACCAAUUGGAGGCCCUCGGAGCGCCCAUUGUCGAGUACCACGACGCAAAUGUGGACAAGGAGAUCGACGAGCAGGAGGCGGCGUACGAGACGGAAGGGAUCGCAGCUGUAGGAGCCUCGGGGACCAACGGAGUGAUGGUCGCGUCGGAACGCUGCGGCCAUGCGCUCAAGAGUGUGAUUGUGCUGGCGACGAUGAAGGACGUGCUCGACAGCCGCUUGGAGCACUGUCGCGGGCCGAGUCUGGACGCAUUGCUGGAAGCGCUUCGGUGUAUUUUGAAGCACUGUGUGCUGUUGCUGCAGACAGUUGUGGUGCACAAGGACCUGCUGACGCAAACGGGACUGGCAUACUGUCUGGUGCUUCGACUGCUGCUUCGCUUCUCGGUGCCCGCUUCGGACAGUUGUAACGCGGUCACGAAGUUGUUGUUGCAGACGGUGUAUCCGGAGCUGGACAUUGUCAGCAUUGACACGUGUACUUGCGUACAGUUACGGGCACAUCUUGAACAGGACAUGGCGAGCUUUGCCGGUCUGGCGAGGCUUGCAGUAUACCGUGGUGUACUCAACAGCCUCACAAACGAGGAUCUUGCUCUAUCGGCCACAGAGGUCGGACUGGUGAACGAAGCCUUGCAGUCUGAACAGACGGUACUGAACGCCAUGUUUGUCAACGUCCAGCAAUGGUGCGAUCGAGAGUCGUACAAUACGCGUUUGUAUGCGUUUCAGGUGCUGGAGGCGUUUCUGCGCCGAGGAGCGCUGAUUUUGCACAAGCAGUCAGCGCGCUGUGCUCCUAGUCACGUAUCUGAUGUUCUGUCGGACGAGACUCUUGCAAAGCUAACGACAGCUGUGCUGCUGAAUUGGGAGCAUCCGUCAAAGAAGGUGAACCAGUUUAUGGCCGUUGUGUUUGCUCAAAUUGUGAAGUAUUUGGUGCUUUCUGGUGGAUUUCAAAAGUGGAGUGAAGCGAUCUUGCCUCUGUUGGUAAACUUGCCAACCACUAGUCGCGCCAAGUACGGGUCGUUGGCACUACUGGUUGAAGUAGCUGGGGCUAAGCCUAUGUUGCAGGCAAGUCCAUCGCUGUUGCCGUCGCUGCUUUUGGCAGUAGGGCAGAAGGACUACGCCGCCCCGGCAGCGGCGAAUUUAUUUGCUCAAAUUCUCGACAACCUUAGUCCGGCAAGCAGCAAAAAUAGUAACUGUAAACCUGAUGACGGGGCAGUGGUCGCGCGGCGCCAACUCUGGCUUUCUGAUGUGGUCAGCGUGCUUUUAUCGAGUGAUGCAAACCUUCGGUCGCGCGUUGCCAUGUAUGUGAUUCCUCUCUUGCUAAAGAAGGACCCUGACUGUGUGCCUAUCCUGAUAAAACGCUUACAAGAGGUAGCUACGAAGGACCAGGCUGACACAGCAGAGGCUGUUGAUAUUGCGUUGUGGGCUGAGCUGGUAGUGUUGAAGUUUGCGCGAAAGAAGAUGGCACCUGAGAAGCUGGUAGGUGUGUCAAUGGAUCAUAUUCCACGCGGCCUUCGCCAUGCCAAUACGGAAACACGCGGCGCAGCUUUUGAUGCGUUGUGUGCGUCGUUGAAAUCGACCAGUAUGCCCAGUGACGAUGAGUUGCGAUGGGUGAAGCAUUAUUUGGUGGUGAACGGUAAGGAGAUUGGUCCGUCUGGUCGCAUGAACACGCUGAUCGGCCUCAAGACGGUGUUGAUUCGCAUAAAAGAGACUUUACGUGUCACGAGGAACAUUUUGACGGAGGACAUUCCGAGUCUUGAUGAUGCGGCAAAAUGUGACAAACGUGCCGCUGCAGCCUCGUUUAAACAUUGGACACAGCUCUUUGUUAUCGCAUCGGUAUACCCUGGCGCACUUCCUCAGCGCUUGACGUUGGGUCUAGAGGUCUUCCUUCUCUACAUCCAGCUGUUUGGUCUAGGGAAUGACGAGGCCGAAGAGUCCACAGAAAGUGUCUUGCUCACUCGACACAUGGUGACGACCCUCCUCAAUAUGCUUAUCAGUGCGUGGGACUCCGUUCGGUCUCUAGCGUUUACCAUACUGGACUUGUAUCCAGACGAGCUCCCGGGCUAUUCUACGCGCGAAGAACUUUGCACGUUUGUUGACUGGGCUGUUGGUCUUUGCGGUAGUCCCCGUCAGCGUGAGAGUGACGCUGGUGCCAUGUUCGUUCGGUUGCUGUUCCAGAAGUGUAGUUCAGCCAUUCAACGGUACGAGCUAACGUUCCAGUGCACAUCGAAGCCACAAGUUGGUGCUGCCGGAGUAAAAAGUAGCAAUCCGGAUGUGGCUUUUAUAUUGCAAUUGACGCAAGUCAUCCUUACACGCGUUGAAGCUCUGAGCCUGUCGGAAAUACGACAGGGCAAGUCCCCGCUUGUGCAUGGCUUCUUGCUGUCACUGCAUUACGUGUUGGAAAACGUGGAUUUCGACAAGCAUUCCAGUAACGAGGCUACAGACUGGUCGUGGGCAAUGAAGCAGGUGUUUUUGGCAAUUCACCAGUCCAUGGGUGCAUCUCUGGCUGUCGUAGGUGAUGCGACUUCUGGCGCGGGCGACGAGAAUCUGUCAGCCUCGUUUGCUGGUGUAGUGGGCGAGGUAAGUGCAGUGGCGGAAACAUCGAGCUCAGCGUUGCGAGUAGACUGUCGUGGUCAUUUGAUUGUAGAAGACGGUGACGGUGGCUAUGAUGGAGAGGAAGACGGUGGGAACGCAGAGCAGCGUGCCGUGGUUGGCAGCUGGCUAGCUGUUCGUGAGUGUGGUGCAAUCAUCGAGUUGCUAAUGCGUCGCGUACCGCUCCCAACCUCCAGCCCGGUGUCGACUAGCACACCUUUGUUCACUGUUGACAUGGCGCAGCUCGGAGGAGAAACGCUGCUUAACUCGUUGUUCGAGCUCAAGCACAAGGGUGCAGUCGCUACGGUAUACCAGGCAUUCGAAGGUGUUUGUCGCGCGUUUCUUGCUCACGGUGAACAAUGUGCGGCACUUGGGGACUUGCCAGCGCAAUGGGCGGAUCGUUUGCUGGAACGCCUGGAACGGUCGGAACAGCAUUUCAUUUUGCGUCGUAGCUCAGGCUUUGCGUUUAGUUUUGUGGCAAUUCUCCGUGCUGAGCCGCGCAAUUCAGCAGCCGUUAUUUUGCCCAAGGUGAUGUCGACGUUGUUACGCCUAGCCGGCAAGGACACUGAUGCUGCAUCGAAGCGUGAAACGCACGAAGAGCACCAUUCACUAUGGCGCGCUCGUGUGCACGCACUGAACAUACUGAAACUCAUUUGUCAGGAUGGAGUAUUGGCAGAGGACGUAGCUUGUUACGUCGUGGAUAUGUUUCAGCUAUCUGUGCGCGGAUUUGACUGUGAAUCGUGGGCUGUACGCAACUCUUCGAUGAUGCUUUUCGCUGCAGCCACCCAGCGUGUCAUUGGAGACAAGCGCAUUGCUGACGGCAAAACGCACCAACAAGUUGCCUGUGACGACGUGUUCUCGCGCUUUCAGCAGCUACGUAGUUUUCUUGCCCGCGAAUUGACUAGGUUGGUCGAAGUUGACAGCAAGUCAAGUGGUACAAUCGCGGGAGCAGCGCCGCCUGGCCUGUACGCAUUGCUUCUGUUUCUGAGCCGCGUUCGCCCCAACGACGAUGAUGAUCAGCGCGUAGCAAAUGCUCCUGCUUCGCCAUGUGAUGACGAAAGUGGUUUGGCAAGCUUUGUCCAGCUUGUUAUGGAAUGCGCUUCGCAGCGGGCAAUGGCGAUUCGGUACAUGGCCGCGAAGGUCGUGGCUGCUAUCGUAAGCGAUGCUGACGCCGCAUCCGUUAUGUCGAUUCUCUGCACGAAACUGCCCCAAGGUGUCCGAAGUGCAGGCGAUCGCCUGACUGUCUCGAAAGCUAUCCCACACAACUUCGUUCACGGCACACUCGCCCAAAUCUGCUACCUCACGCGCAAACACUUGCUUACCCGAGAUGCGCGAGAGAAACUAACCGUUGCCGCGAGGGAUGCACAAAGCGACUUUCUCGAGAUAGUUGUGACCAAGCUGCUUCCAUCAACGAUGUGGUUGUGGGCAGGUCAAGACGCUGAGUCCAUCAGUGCUGUCAUCCGUGCAGAGUUGGUCGCGAGUGUGGACACCGUCGUGCAGUUUUACGCUCAAGAUAUUGCUGGUGCGCUUUCGACGUUGAAGUCGGACGUAAUUAGGAGAGCAUUCAUUGCGCUUGUUGAACAAAUUCGGGCUGAAGUGGAGCGCCAGCUGCAGCAGCGCUGUGACUCAGAUCGGCCUACUGCGGUCCUUCUGUCUAGCCAACCGGGCAGGUACGUGCUGGACCGCACACUUGUCUCCAUUUGGUUUAGCAUAUGGGCGAUGCCUGCGAACGGUCGACUACAAGAGUUGAUCAUAAAGAAAAUGCUGGCGUCCAGCGUACUCGAAAUCCGCAAAAAUGCAACGAAACAGCUUGUGAACAAGCUGGCUAUUGCGGCCUUGGACACGGACUCUGUUGCUGAGCUACAAACCAUUUUGAUCGAGCAGUUGCUUGUAGAGACACACCCGAAAUUACGGGCCCGACAGUCGCAACUACUGGUUCGUUGCCAGCUUCACCAAGCCAGUGCAGUCACGCCGACUCAUCGAUCGGAGUUACAAACCCGUUUGGUGCGCGUACUCAGCGUCUCGGCAGAUAUACAAGUUCUCGCACCGACGAUGGAGUUGCUCGCUCUUAUGGCUUACCAGCAGCCGUGCAAAGAUGACGCAGACAUUGCGUUGUAUCGGACUUUGUGUCAGGAAAUCGAGUUGCGGUCAGACGAAGCCCAGCCCCUGAUGAUUCGGCAGGCUGCUGCCUCUGCGCUGCAUCACAGUGGUCUUCUGCGUCUGCACAACAAGCAGGACGGCAGUACCGUGUAUGCCGAGCUAGCGCUGGCAGGAUGGAUGAGUGCAUUACGACUGCUCCAAGACGACAGCACGUGUGUGAGAGCUGUUGCGCGGCACGCUAUUGAGAAUGUCCUUGGUACCGUUGACCCGGCUCGCAUACGAUGUUCGUCGUCGGACGCAACGGUGCUAUCUCUCGCGGUGGAGUAUAUCGUGUCCUCCUUCGCGCAUACUGGACACGGUGCCACGUCUUUGUCGAAGAUGUUGAUCCAGCUUAUCGAUGCGCCUGUCGUGCUCACUGCAUAUGUCGGUGCUGCUGGUGCCAAGGCCCUAGACUGGGACAAUUUGUACCGCCGCAUAUUUGAGUACGAAAGCAGCAACUACUUUGCUGAGCGAGACGGGCUCGCACAAAACAUGGUGUACUACUUAUUGGCCCGUUCGACUGGCGAUGACGAGUCGAUUCGCCUCUUGUGCGAACAGGUCUUGACUCUACUGAACAAAGCACUUCAGAUCUUGAACCAAGAGUCUCGAUGCUCCGACGAGGAAGCCGGUCGGUGGCUAGGUGGAGUUACUUACUACCCGGACGUCUUUGCUCCUGCGUUUGGCCUUCUCGCGGCGGGUGUCGCCGUCGUGACCUCGAUGUCAUACUCGUUGACUGGCGAUCUCCAGUCUCUAGCUGUUCAAGCUCGUGAACUCGCCCAGGAAGCGUGUGACAUUCACAGCAAAGACGACGUCAUGCAUCCUCUAAUGAUGCGGGCGCUGAAGCUACUUGCCUGUACAGACCAUCCGUCGUCACGGCAAGAUGGCACCGAGCCAGUGAGAGAGCUGCUAUUUCUGACGCCGCACUGGAUAGCUCUGACCGAUUCGGUCAACAAGUAG